AUGGCCUACACCUGGGAGUGUCUGGACGUCCUGAGACGGACAGGGAGGCAGCACCCCCUGCUGGCCCCAGACCAUCUGAAGUACAAACAGCCCAGCAUCACAAAGGGCCGCCUGGACAUCGUGGCCGUCACCCCCUGGCUGGCCCCCAUCGUCUUGGAAGGGACCUUUGACCCCCGUCUGAUGGACAGCAUCUACAAGCCCCAGAACCUCACCAUCUUCGCCACCGUGUUCGCUGUCGGAAAGUAUGUUCGCUUCCUACGAGACUUCCUACUGACAGCAGAGCAGCACUUUUUUGUUGGAUACAGGGUGGAUUACUAUGUGUUCACCGAUCCCUGACGUCCGCAUGGCCAAAAACAGAAAAAGUACAUGUGGAUCAACAAGCCCACCAAGGUCCUGUCUUCCAGGUACAUGUGGCAGGACUUCAAACUAAGGAAACCCGAACUCCGGAUCAUACGGUUCUCGGGCGUGAAGAAGAACUACUCAGAGAUCCGACCCAACGUGUGAGGGCCUCCAGCGCUGACCAGGGACGGGGCAGGGAUUGUUCUGUUUUUGUUAGGGUUAUUUAUAUAAGUAUAAUAUGUUUAGGCAUGUUUUAAAUACGGGGGUGGCGGCCCCAAUCUGAUUUUAAGUCAAUCCUGGAAACAUGAGGGGAAGUUAACACUGCAUUAUGACACUCAAACAAUGUGAUUGUCAUAAUGUUGUGCCAACAUCGUGGAUGGUCCACAAAACAGUUUUUUUUAUGAUACAGCUUGAAAUUUCGGAACAUUUGCACUUUUGAACACCCAAAGAGGUGAAUAUAAAACAAAUCAUUCCAAAUGACCUUGGUUGUAAUGUGUCUUUCAAUGUCAUGAAUUCAAAGGUAUAUGAUAUUAAGGAUAAUAUGUAUGUCUGAUGUUGAAUAAUGACAGAGGUUUAUAUUGAGUUAACGCAGUUUUAUUAAACAGAAGUGGCUAUCGUCA